CAUUGGAAUGAAACUGCAGAAGAAAUGAAAAGAGUCCUGCUGGAUGAAGACACUGCAUUUCAACAGACUAACAGCAGCAGCAGCAGCAGAAAUAAUAGUCAUAGCACUGCAUUCCAGAAAGAAAUCACGUUGCCUUCAAGACUUGUCUAUUAUCUGAACAAAGACUCUGAAAGUCCAUACCAUAUUUUGGAUACUAGGACAAGGCACCAGCAAAAACACAGUAAGGCUGUGCAUCUGGCUCAGGCGAGUUUCCAAAUUGAAGCCUUUGGCUCAACAUUUAUUCUUGACCUCUCACUGAAUAAUGAUUUAUUAUCCUCUGAUUAUGUGGAGAUUCAUUAUGAAGAUGGAAAACCACAGUAUUCAAAGGGAGGAGAGCACUGUUACUAUCAUGGGACUAUCAGAGGUAUCAGGGACUCCAAAGCUGCACUUUCAACAUGUAAUGGGCUCCAUGGUAUGUUUGAAGACAGUAGUUACAUAUACUUGAUAGAACCUACGGAUUUGAUUCACAGUAUGACUAAUACAGGUAGACCACAUAUUAUCCAGAGAAGAUUAGGAAGAAAUACUUCUAAGCAAUUGGAAGACCCUGGUAAUGACACUACUUCUCAAUGGCCUUUCCUGUCUGAGUUGCCAUGGCUGCGAAGGAGAAGGAGGGCUGCUUUACGUGGUGUAUUUGAAGAAAUGAAAUACCUGGAGCUCAUGAUUGUUAAUGACUAUAAAAUGUUCAAAAAGCAUCGAUCGUCACAUGUCUUUACAAACAACUUUGCAAAAUCUGUGGUAAACCUUGUUGAUGCUAUUUACAAGGAGCAACUGAACACGAGGGUUGUUUUGGUUGCUGUUGAAACCUGGUCGGACAGAGAUCGUAUUACUAUUCGCCCUGACCCGAGGCAGAUGCUUCAUGAUUUUUCCAAAUAUCGGCAGCAUUUCAUCAAACAGCACGCUGAUGCUGUACACCUUCUCUCGAAUGUGACAUUUCAUUACAAAAGAAGUAGUCUGAGCUACUUUGGAGGAAUAUGUUCUGUGGCUAGAGGUGUUGGAGUAAAUGAGUAUGGCCUUCCCUGGGCAAUGGCACAAGAAUUGUCCCAAAGUUUGGCUCAGAAUCUAGGAAUACAGUGGGAACCAGGAUCCAGAAAACAAAGCAGCUCACAAAAAAAAGGCUGUGACUGCACAGAAUCGUGGGGUGGAUGCAUCAUGGAAGAGACAGGUGUCUACCACCCCAGAAAAUUCUCGAAGUGUAGCAUUCUAGAAUACAGAGACUUUCUGUACCGAGGGGGAGGUUCCUGUCUCUUCAACAGACCAACAAAGUUGUUUGACACUACAGAAUGUGGAAAUGGAUAUGUGGAACCAGGAGAAGAUUGUGACUGUGGUUUCCAAAUGGAUUGCUAUGCAAACUGCUGUAAGAAGUGCUCACUUUCCAAUGGAGCUCAUUGCAGUGAUGGCCCUUGUUGUAAUGACACAUGCCUUUUUAUUCCUCGAGGCUCUGAGUGUCGUGAAGCAGUAAAUGAUUGUGAUAUUACAGAGAUUUGUACUGGAGACUCUGGCCAGUGCCCACCAAAUCUUCAUAAGCAAGAUGGGUUUGCUUGUGAAUCAAAUCAGGGGCGUUGCUACAAUGGAGAGUGCAAGAGGAGAGAUAACCAAUGCAAAUACAUCUGGGGACCUAAGGCAUCAGGGUCUCAUAAACACUGUUAUGAAAAACUUAACACAGAAGGUACAAGUAAGGGAAACUGUGGAAAGGAUGGUGAUAGAUGGAUUCCUUGCAACAAACAUGAUGUGUUUUGUGGUUUAUUGCUUUGUGCAAAUCUUGACGGAACUCCACGAAUCGGUCACCUUGAGGGAGAAAUCACUCCAACGUCUUUUUUCCACCAAGGUGUGGUAGUGAAUUGCAGUUGUGCACAUGUACUUUUAGAUGAUGAAACAGACUUAGGCUAUGUAGAAGAUGGAGCUCCAUGUGGUCCUAACAUGAUGUGUAUGGACAGAAGAUGCCUGUCCAUUCAGUCCCUGAACAUAAGCAGCUGCCCUGUUGGUACUAAUGGAAAAGUUUGUUCAGGACAUGGGGUCUGCAGUAAUGAAGCCACAUGCAUGUGUGACAACACUUGGGCAGGGACAGAUUGUAGCAUGUUUGACCCAAGAAAAAGAGAAGAAGCAGAGAAACCCAGUGGGCCAAAGGAAAUGUCAAAAAGAGAAGAUACGAUCCAAAUCAACAAGGUAUCUAAGGAAGCCAUUGGAAGAGCUUUUCUGUUCAACUCUGGAAUUUGGAUAUGGUGGAUUUGUGUAGCAGCUGUGCAAAAAGUACAUCACUGCAGAAGAAAACUGAAGCAAAUGAUUAACUACAAAUUGCAAGCUGAGAUAUUUAUGAAAGGGCUGAAGGAAAGCUGUACUUUUUGGAGAUUCAAGUUCACGAACUCCCUCCACUCAUUUCUCUUUUUUAGGAUGUUAGAGACAAGACAAACGUUAUAAAUGAACUAUUUUGACUUAACUUUUCUUUUUUAAAACAACAACAACAAAGAAUGGAACAAACAAACCAAGUGCAAUAAGAGAACUGUUUCAAAACAUUCAAAUAGGUAAAGAGUUUCUUAAAUGACAACUUGUGUUCGCAUGUCCUUUUAAUAUUACUGACAGACUGCAGUGGCAUGAUAAGCUAACUUUUGAAACGGUAAACUGCAUGGCAUAUACACAGCAAACAAGCUAGCCAGCUGACCCCAAGCAAAAUCUUCAUACCAAGAAGACAGUAAAAACAAAAUAUAACAUAGAAAAAUUAAUUCUGGGUCCUUAAGAAAUUACAUUCCACCAGUGCGACACACAUUAUUCUUUGAGCUCUAUAACACCUUUUCUAAUGUUGUCAUCAUUCCUAAUUUGAUUUUUGGACUAACUUCUCUGGAGUGAAGCAGAUCAUGCCAUGAUGAUGUAUGGUUUUCAGUUUGAAAACAAGACAUUUUUGUCAUUCUCAGAUUCUUCCUUAUUAGUCUGGUGUAACACUUCAUUUAAAGGUUUUGUUCUGUAUGCAAUCUCCUUUAAAUUUUGCUUUCUGUUUAACUUUUUUUUAUAUAGCAUGGUAUAUAGUGGAGGUUUGGGGCUUGCUCUAAAAAGGCAUUCCACAUGCAGACACAGGGAAUUCCAGUAGAAAACAGGCGUGCUUUUAAAAUUUGUAUGCUUGAAACCAAAAAAGACAAAAAACCAUCCAAAACUUAUGUAAAUGCAUAUGUAUGCAAUGAGUUUUCCUCUUUCCAAAUGCAUUAUUUGCUAUCAUGCAGAUAUUUUGUAUAUAUUGUAAGAAGUUGACACCUUCUCAAAUUAAUCACAAAAGUGCCAAGCUUUUAACUUUUUAAUUUUACCAUCUGUUUUCCUUUCUCUAAACACAUUGUAUGAAAGGAAAAAAAGCCUAAAUGAGCCUUAAAUACCCAUAAAUACUGAGAGCUUUUAAUAGGUUAAGGCUUUCCCAUGUAUUAUUUUAUAGUCCCUAGCACCCCCUCACCCUUCAAGUUCACCUUUUUCUUUAUGAUUAACUUGUAAAAUCUAAAUAAUCUUCCCCUCUGAAUUUAUUUCUAUAGUAUUUAUCUUUAAAAGCACAGCCUCGAAUGUUACUUCCUAAACUACUUGUGGUUACUAUCAUGGCUCGGUCUAUUUAGCAAAAUAAGGAGAAUAUCUUCAUCUGUCUGUUAGCACCUCUUCAUGCUUAAACAUGAGAGUGUAUUUAAAUAUACAUUUUUAUCUUACUUAGCCCUCUCUAAUUCUGAGCCCUGAUGAAUUUGGCAAUCUAGGCUUUAUCUAGCUUAAAUGUGAACAGCAGCAAUGAUGACUUCUGUCAGCAUAUUGCAUUGAAUUGUAUGAUGAAUAAAACAUGUCCAUAUGGGUACUCUCUUGCAGAGUGGUUGUGCAUUGCCUUAAUGCUGAUGUCCAAAUCAACAACCCACUGUAUAGCUCCAGCAAUUGCACUCAGAGGUUUUCCAUGCCUGGUGGGAAAUGGUGUUAGUGACAAGUCAUUCUGCAUUAAGGCAGACACAUUAUCUCUUGGCCUGAUCUCAUGCAGCCCUAAACCUAAUUCCAGAAACCUUCUACAACAGAUCAGUUUUUGGUCUCUGUAAGACCAUAAAGCCAAUGUAGUGGAAAGGAAUGAGAGAAAAGGGAGGAGAGAAGUGACCGAGAGAGAAGAGUAGCAGAAACAUAAAUGGGAUGAGUUGAUAUGCUUUUGCCUCUGGUCCCCAUCCACUGAUUGAUAAACUUUCUAAGCAAUCAGCUUUGAGGGAGUGCAACCCUCAAAAAGAGCAAAGUUGCCCACUACUAUUCCUUUCAGGUACAUUACAUCUAGUCAGCAGAACAUAAGUCCAGUAAAUAUUAGCAGUGGAAGCUAUGUCUAGGUUACAAUUGACUUGGGGUAGUACUCCUAAUAAUAAGCUUUUGACCUUAUCACAAAUAUUUUGAUGUCAAUUAAUAUAAUUCAACUAACUCUGUGGAAAAUACAUCUGAAGUAUAGUGAUGCAAAUAUUUCAUUAUUUUCCAAUUACGUAAAUCAGAAGUAUCUUUAAAAAACAAAAACAGAAAAUGCCCAAUGGCACACAGAUGGCAGACUGACCAGUAUGACAGAGCGGUCUUCCCCUCUCUCCUGCAGCCUUUUCUGCCACCUACCCUCCCAAAAAACCCAAACCAAUUCCAGAGCUUCUCUAAGGAUUUGGAGCAGUUUGGGAGGUAGCACAAAAAGCCAUUCUUUCGAAAGAAAGACCUUGAAUCCUAGCCAAUAAAUAAUAAAUAAUAAAUAAAACUUUUAUUUCUAUCCUGCUUUUUUUUUAAAACAGACAAAUUUAAUUUUUAAACAGACAAAUAUUUAAACAGUGAUUGGAUCCUAGCUGUUACAAAACUUCCAUAUCUAUAUGUUUUUGGUGAGGACCAACUUGCCAUUUUUGCCACAGCUGAACCCAUACAGGAAUAACAUAUAAAAUUCCAUUUAACAUAUAAAUAACCAAAAAAACUAAACACAUAUCACACCCUCCCACCCAAACACGUUAAUAUAAAAACCGGAUGUUUUUCUUUGCUUCUUUGGCUUUUUCCCCAAAAUAGCUUUUUUACUCAAGGUCAGUCAUCAUCUAAAUCGCUGGAACUAUUCUCCCGUACUGGCCUUAAGUAAGUCAUACAAGUGUUUGAUUUUGUUGACAUGGUCCAUAUUUAAAGAUACAGUAGUAACACUCUAUUUUCUUUUGUCAAUGACUUCGUAGUUUUCUCCAACUUUUUUAUUUUCUGCCCCUGGCUUGUCCCUAAAUUAAACAAAAAACAAAAACAACAGGUGGGAACACCAGAUUAGACUCAAUCAUGACAAAUGGCAAAGAGCUUUUUAUUUUGGGGGGGGGGGGGUUAUUGCUCAUUACAUUAUACGUCUUAUAAUAUUCUUACAUCUACAUAUUUUUCAGAACCCCAUAAUCCCUUCAUUAUCCAUCAUAUCAAUAUUUACAUUCUUAUGUCUAUUUUAAACAUACUUCCUAUCCCAUAAUAACUGGAACUAUCAUCUUUCUUUCCUUGUGACACUUGUAAUCCUGAAAGAAGUCUUUACCUCCCACGCAUCAAUCUUUACUUAAAUUACAAUAAUAAUUAUUUUAUCAGAUGAUAAUAUAUACUAAAGAGACAUUUAGACAUGUAAACAGUAUGAUAUGAUAUACAGUAUUCAUUCCUCUUUAGUAUAAUAGUAUCCUUCAAAUACUUUGCAGGUGGUCAAACUUCAUCUCCUGUUCCCUUAUCUGUUGGAGUUCCCCAGGGCUCUGUUCUGGGUCCCCUUCUGGUUUCUCUCUACACACUGACCUU